CUGUUGUCAUGGUCGUGAGGAAACUGUAAUCAUAUGAACCACCCCUUCGUUUACAUUGGCCCACUGCCUUUUUUUAACAACAGUCACUCGAACACUACUGGUGAAAACACGGUAAAGGGUGUGAAGCAACACACACCUCCUCGUUAUUAUUAAUGAGGCCGUUUCAGUUUAUUUUUAAAUGGCUCGGACCCAACACGGCUACACCUUGACAAACAGUUUGUUAUUGUAGUGUUAACUGAUUGACGUUGUGCUGUCUGGAGCGUAGUUUUGACUGUGCAAUUAACGUCAGCCUGUGGAGCUUCGGACAGUGCAGCGUGCGGGUCAGUGUGUGUUUGUUUGGAAAACAGUCCGUCAGCAUUACAAUUGAAAAGGAGCUUUAAACUGAAUUCUGUCAGCUUGAGGGACGUAAAUAAAAUGGCUUCCAUAAUAGCGGAGCAUGAGCCAGGCUCCAUACCGCUGACUGAUACGUUAGUACCCGCAAGUAUAUUCGCGCCGGAGCGGGGAGGAUGCGGCGACGACAACGGGGACGAGGGCUUAGAGGAGGCGGAUAUGCUGAAUGGCGAGCCCGAGGACUGCAGGCUUGACUUCACUAACAAGCAGGCUCUUGUUAGUCCAAAUGGAGACCAGUACGACUCAUUGGUGCGGCAGCUACGGGACAGGAUGGAGGAGGGAUGUGGGGAAACCAUCUAUGUGGUUGGAAUGGGUUCAGAUGGCAGUGACUGGGGUCUGGACGACAAAGACAUGGAGGCCUCGGUGGCCACGGUGCGCUCCAUGUGCGAGCAACUGGACGCAGACCUCAUAUUACUUCGGGAGCGCAAUGAGACUGCAGGAUUGGUGCGUGACUAUCUGAUUAGAAGACGUGUGGGUGAGCUGGACUUCUUGGAGGUCAGAGUUGCAGUUGUAGGUAACGUGGACGCCGGUAAAAGCACACUACUGGGCGUAUUAACACAUGGAGAGCUGGACAAUGGCAGGGGAUUUGCCCGACAAAAGCUUUUUAGACACAAGCACGAGAUGGAAAGCGGCAGGACCAGCAGUGUGGGCAACGAUAUUCUGGGCUUUGACCAGGAGGGGCAGGUGGUAAACAAACCAGACAGCCACGGGGGAAGUCUGGACUGGACCAAAAUCUGUGAGAAGUCAUCCAAGGUCAUAACCUUCAUAGACCUGGCUGGCCACGAGAAAUACCUGAAGACCACUGUGUUUGGGAUGACGGGACACUUGCCUGACUUCUGCAUGCUUAUGGUUGGCAGUAACGCAGGUAUUGUCGGGAUGACCAAAGAGCAUCUUGGGUUGGCGUUAGCUCUCAAUGUGCCAGUGUUUGUGGUGGUAACCAAGAUAGACAUGUGUCCAGCCAAUAUUCUUCAAGAGACAUUAAAGCUUCUUCAGAGGCUACUGAAAUCUCCUGGUUGUAGGAAAAUUCCCGUUCUGGUGCAAAACAAGGAUGACGUCAUAGUUACUGCUUCAAAUUUCAGUUCUGAGAGGAUGUGUCCAAUCUUCCAGAUAUCCAAUGUGACUGGAGAGAAUAUGGAUCUGCUUAAGAUGUUCCUCAACCUGCUGUCCUCCAGGACGUCAUACAGGGACGAUCAGCCGGCCGAGUUUCAGAUCGAUGACACCUACUCUGUACCGGGUGUUGGCACGGUGGUGUCAGGGACUACUUUGCGUGGACUCAUACGCCUGAAUGAUACUAUGCUGCUGGGCCCAGAUCCUCUGGGCAGCUUCAUCCAAAUUGCUGUGAAAUCGAUCCAUCGUAAGAGGAUGCCUGUGAAGGAGGUCAGAGGAGGUCAGACCGCAUCGUUUGCUCUCAAAAAGAUCAAGCGUUCGUCAAUAAGGAAAGGCAUGGUGAUGGUGUCGCCCAAGUUGAAUCCACAGGCCACCUGGGAGUUUGAGGCCGAGAUCUUGGUGCUGCAUCAUCCAACGACGAUAUCCCCAAGAUAUCAGGCCAUGGUUCACUGCGGCAGCAUCAGGCAGACGGCCACCAUCUUGUCCAUGAACAGGGACUGCUUAAGGACCGGGGACAAAGCUACAGUCCACUUCCGCUUUAUUAAGACCCCAGAGUAUCUGCACUGUGACCAGAGGUUGGUCUUUCGAGAGGGACGCACUAAGGCUGUGGGAACUAUCACUAAGCUGUUGCAAUCCACCAAUAAUCUGCCGACAAAUUCCAAACCACCACAAAUCAAAAUGCAAUCCACGAAAAAGGUGCCACUACGCAAAGAAGACGGAUCCACUGGAGCUGGUGAUGACGCAGCUACGAUAGCCCUGUCAGCAGGGCCAGGCACGACACAGCAGGAGGGAGAGGAGGACCCUCAGAUAAAGGAGGGCAACAAAGAAAACAAGCCAAAGUCUGGAGGAGGUGGAAGGAGAAGAGGAGGCCAGAGGCACAAGGGCAAAGGUCAGAACAGUGGCACCAACACCACAGCGACCCCCUCCUCCGCAGGAGCCGGCAGCUGCUGAACUCUCCCCUGAUCCCACGCAGAACUCCUCCCUCGUGACCACUCCAAAUGUCUUCAUCCCACCAACCAUGAAGGAUCGUGACGUUCACAGUGAGACACUUGUCCCCAUUUAAAUUAUGUCCUAAUGCCUUUUUACACCUGGUCUUAAUGUUUUAAUUUUUUAAAAAGGGAACUCAAAGGGUAACUCCCCCCCCACCCCCAAGAGAAAGGUAAACACAUUUUAUGCAUUUUAAUGUCAGCUGCUUUUGCUAUUACUUUUUUAAAAAUGUUUGGAUAGAGGUAAUCAGUGUGGUUUUUGAGGUCAGCCUCACUCAGGAUGAUGAUUCUUUAAUUCUAUUCAUAUUUUAAAGUGUCUGGGAAAUCAACAAUUCAUUCCUUGGACUCAAGUGUUUUUAAUGAGGAGGUUAGCUAAACCCAUACCAAGGAAACAAGAGCAGCUAGAUAUAUAUAUAAAAAAAAUCCUCCAUGCAUUCCCUGUAUAUUUGAAAUGUAAAACAUUUGAACUAUUUAUACCGCAUAUGAGAAAUAGCUGUUGUGCUCCGAUUAAAGCAAGCCACUGUACAAAGUGUAUGCAAAUCACAAAUGAAUGUAGCAGAGGGCACAUAGUUAUUGAGAGGUUUAGAUGUAUGGAAAGGGUGAGCUGUAAGAUUUCAUUUGAUCACUUCCAUAUUGGCAAGAGUUUGACUUCUAGAAUCCAUCUGCACCUGUAGUUUCAGUCUGCAAUGUAAACAUGGUAGUACAAACAGAAACCACACAGAAAACCUGUCACUCUCAUAUCUGUUCACACAGUAUUUGUGCACUACCCCCUGCUGGUUGCAUUACAUGUUGUGACAACUUUGGCUGCUAUAGAACCUGACCGACAAUAAACAGAUCUUAAGGAACUUUAA